ACAACCCAAUUUCAGCGAUGAAUGAUCAAAAACACCGUACUCUUCGUCGUCCUCGGUUUUGCUUCUUACAAAUUUGAACCUAUAAACUCGUUCACCACCGUCGUCAUUCAAAGUUUCAAUUUCAACCAUUCUUCGAUUUUCUCAAUCCACGAUUAAACCCUCUCUUCAUUGCAACAUUCAAGCUUCAAAAGAUACCUACAUUUUCUUUUUGAGGGGUGGAUAGAUACCUACAUUUAUAAAAGAGCCGAGGAAGGAAGAUAUAUGCUUAUAAAGACUUAAGGUAAUUUUGUCUUGAAGGAUGUGUGUGAACUAGUACAAUGGCAACAUCUAGUAAGUUUGAUGCAUCUUCCAGUAGCCCGGAUAGACCUCUGUACGCUGCGCAGCGUGGAUCCAACAUAGCUGCUUCAUUAGAUAGAUCAGGUAGCUUUCGAGAAUGCAUGGAAAAUCCAAUUUUGUCUUCUCUGCCCAACAUGUUGAGAAGUAGUUCUCCAGCAAAACAUGGGGAUGUGGAGAGCUUCUUUAAUUAUGUGCAUUUUGAUCCAAAAUUACUAGUAAUAGACCAUAAGUCUAAUCGUCAUGUGGAUUAUAAGCGACAUGUUAAUGCUGCUCUUGGAAUUUCACCUGAUGAAUCUCCAUCUAGUUCUGCAAAAGGAAAGCUACUGCCAUCCCCAGUACCAGAAGACGUCAAGCGUAUGAGGGAUAGUUUGUAUUCAAGCACUGUGAAGGCGAGGGAACGUGUGAAAAUGUUCAAUGAAGCCUUAUCUGUAUUCAAUGAAGUUUUCCCACUUGUAAAUGUGAAGAAGAGAUCUCGAGUUGAAGGGUUUUCCAAUGAUCGUUCUAGUGUCAUGUUAAAUGACCGCUCAGUCUUGGGGCCAAGCGUGGGUAAGGUUGGCGUUCAAGGUCAUCAUGUCACCGGUGGUUUUGAACUAGAUCAGCAAAAGUCGGAAGAAAGGACCAAAAGUCUUGGCCCAAACAAGCGCCCUCGAACUUCUAUGGUGGAUGUAAAGAUGGAUGUACGCACCAAUUCUCUUGUCAGGCCAUCGGGGACUGUUGAUAGAGAUAAAGAAAAGCUACGGAUUGCCAAUAAUGGUGUAGUUCAGAGUGAAGAGCGAAACUUACCUAUUGUAGGCGAUGGUUGGGAAACAUCAAAAAUGAAGAAGAAGAAGCGUUCAUGCAUCAAAUUAGAUGUUUCUCCAAGUACUACAUUGAAUAAACCUGCGAAUGGUUUCCAGGAAACUAAACAGGGAAUGCAACAACGACUUGCUACUGAUUCUCGGUCGAAAUUGAGUAACGAUUCUAAUUCUUUUAGGCUGGGAGUUUCUAAUGGAACUGUUGCAGCUAGCAAAUCAGAUGGAAUCUCUCAGCAGACUGGGUUGGGUAUACGUACCCCUACCCACAGAAACGGCCAAGAUAACAAUUCCCUUGUGAACGAUAAGCGGGGUCGUUCUGUUAGUUCAGACAAGGAUAGGGUGAACUUCAGAGCUGUUAACAAGGCAACUGUUCGUGACGAAUUCAAUUCAGCUAGCCCUACCUCAAGUGCUAAAAUGAAUACUGCUAUUCGGGCUCCACGGUCAGGUUCAGGAGUUGCCCCCAAGAUGUCACCGGUUGUUCAUAGAACAGCUGUUCCUAAUGAUUGGGAGCUUUCUCAUUGCACCACAAAACCCCAGCUGGUUAAUAGUACUAACAAUCGCAAACGUGUGGCAUCAGCACGGUCAUCUUCCCCACCCGUUGUCCCCUGGCAGAGGCCACAAAAGAGCUCCCGCACUGCCAGAAGAACAAGUUUUGUGCCUGUUGUUUCGAGUAAUGAUGAAGCUCCUACCGUGGAUGCUGUUUCUGAUGUGGCUGGUAAUGAUAUAGGGUUAGGAUUCGUGAGACGCUCAGCUGGCAGUUCUCCUCAGCAAAUUAGAUUAAAAGGUGAACCUUCACCUUCGGCAGCUUUAUCUGAAAGUGAAGAGUCUGGGUUGGCUGAGGUUAAACCAAAAGAGAAGGGCAGGAAACCAGAAGAGAUAGAUCUGAAAGCUGGACAAAAUGUUCCAAAAGUGUCUAACUUGGCAACCAGAAAGAGUAAGCUUGUUUCUGGUGAAGAACUUGGAGAUGGUGUUCGGAGGCAAGGCAGGACGGGGCGCAGUCUCAAUGCCACAAGGUCACUGGCACCAAUGACAUCUGAGAAGCUUGGAAAAAUAGGAACUGCGAAACAACUAAGAAGUGCAAGACAAGGAUGUGACAAGAAUGAAAGCAAGGUCGGUCGUCCACCAACAAGGAAGCUUUCUGAUCGUAAGGCCUAUGCUCGUCAAAAGCCUACUGCCAUCAGUGCAGCAGCAGAUUAUUUUGUUGGGUCAGUAGAUGGACACGGGGAGUUAUUGGCUGCUGUAAAGGGUGUUAUCAAAUCUGCCUACUCCUUCUCCAGCCCAUUUUGGAAGCAGAUGGAACCUUUCUUUAGUAUGAUACCCGAGGAAGAUAUUACUUACUGGAAGCAGAAGGUAAAUCUUGAAUCAAGCACUCUGACUCCAACUCCGGUUCCUUCAAAUAUAGAUGGUUGUGAAACCGUUGUUAAUAGAUAUGGAUUGAUUGGCUGUGAAAGAGAUGUCAGGUCUGAUGCUCAACGUAGUGCUGGUAAUAAUACAGAAAAGUUACCACUGCCCAAGGGAGAUCAUAACGUGGUACCUCUCUGUCAACGACUUAUAGCUGCUUUGAUAUCAGAAGAAGAUCGUAACGGUGGAAAUGAAGAUUUGAAGUUUGAUGCAUAUGAUAAUGAAUCUGAGCUUGAUGGAGAAUUAGAAUUGAGUGGUUUAGAUCACCAUUCACUAUCUAAUUUUCAGUUUUCUUGUCAUUCUGCUAAUAAUGGUUAUGGGAUUAUUGGGAAACCGGCACAUGAUGAAAGUGAUAUGAUUGAUAAUCCUAAUUUUGGGUUGAAUCCAAGCUUUGGCAACUCGAUAAAUGGUUUUCUUCAUGAUAAAGCAUUAAUGUCUAGCUUAGCCUGUUCAGAGUUGCAAUACAAUAGCUUGGGUAUAAAUGAUAAGCUUCUAUUGGAGCUUCAAAGUAUUGGACUUGACCUCGAAUCAGUGCCUGAAAUGGUGCAAGAAGAUGAUGAAGCCAUAUCGGAGGAUAUUACUAGGUUAGGCGAGCUUUACCAAGGACAGGUUUCCAAGAAGAAAAAUUUGCUCGAUGGAUUAUUGAAAUCUGCAUCAGCAGCAAAAGAACUUCAUGAAAAGGAUUUUGAUCAACGUGCUCUAGACCAACUUAUUGUGACAGCUUAUGAGAAAUACACGGCUUGUCGGGGUGCAUCGAGCGGAAAAAGUUCAAGCAAUAGCAAAAUGGUCAAGCAAGCUGCAAUGGCAUUUGUUAAAUGGACGUUGGAGCGAUACCACCAAUUUGAAGAUACAGGCAAGAGCUGUUUCAGCGAGCCUUUAUUCAAGGAUUUGUUCCUAACUGCUUCUUCCCAGCAUAGCAUUGUUAGGAAAUCGGAUGGAUUGGAGGCUGAUUCUUCAAAACCAUAUGCUUCUCCUCUGUCUCUGGAAGCAACACCAGCUUCCAUGGGUUCACAGCCGAGCCCAUCACCAUUUUCUCAGAAUUUGGAUAAUCUUGAUCUCACUUCAUCAGAUAUGCUUCCUGCUUUAAAUAAUUCAUCUGAGCAAACCAGUGGAAAUGAAGAUUUCUGGUCAAACAGGGUGAAGAAGAGAGAAUUGUUCCUUGAUGAUGUCGGGGGUACUCAAGGUAAUUCAAGUACUCCGGGGAUCGGAAGUUCUCUAACAAGCAGCACAAAAGGAAAGAGGAGCGAGAGGGAAAGAGAUGGAAAGGGACAUGGCAGAGAGGUACCAUCCAGAAAUGGAACUACAAAAGCUGGUAGACAAGCAUCAUCAAGUGCUAAAGGAGAAAGAAAAACCAAAACAAAGCCUAAGCAGAAAGCAACUCAGCAUUCUGUUUCUGUAAAUGGCCUCCUUGGCAAGUUGCCAGAGCAACCAAAACCGGCAUUGCCUUCUGUUUCAAAGUCUACGGAAAAGCCUAGUUAUAGAAAUACCAAGGAAAAGGAUGAGUUUGGAUUGGGUGGAUUGGAUGAGCCAAUUGAUUUGUCCAACCUGCAGCUGCCUGGAAUGGACGUGCUCGGCGAUCCCGGUGACCUUGCUGAAAAUGGUCAAGAUCUUGGUUCAUGGCUGAAUAUUGAUGACGAUGGAUUACAAGAUCAUGACGAUUUUAUGGGCCUUGAAAUUCCCAUGGAUGACCUUUCAGACUUGAAUAUGAUGGUUUGAAGCUGCUUUCUUUGUACAGAGUUCAUUAUUAUACCAAUAACAAAGGAAACAAAGUACUCUGAAGAAAUAACCAGUUACAUAGGGUGGUUUUAUGGCUAAUUCUGUCUGCAAUUAGGUUAUAUAGAUUCUUUGGUAAAUUAUUCUCUCCAAGUGUUGUUUUCGAGUGACCUUUUCAGCUGUUCAGAUUUUGCUCGUGUUCAAGUUUGUGACUUCCACUGUAAAGAUCUUUUUGUUCAAGGUAGAAGUUAGUAUUCCUAGUGAUUAUAUGUUAGAAAACAUUACUCUGGUUGUAGCUCUUACAAAUCAGAGAACAAGGCCUCAUGUACAUACAUUUAAGUUUUAUAAUAAAAUCAGCUUUUUUGUUUGCCGGAAUGA